AACCUUGAAGCCAGUUGGACACCAGUCUACAAACUGAAUGGUUCUCUUGGUCUUGAUUGUCGCAAUAGCUGCAUUCACAUCCUUGGGUACCACAUCACCACGGUACAGCAGACAGCAAGCCAUGUAUUUGCCAUGACGUGGAUCACAUUUCACCAUCUGAUUGGAUGGCUCAAAACAGGCAUUGGUGAUUUCAGCAACACUCAACUGUUCAUGGUAGGCUUUUUCAGCAGAGAUAACUGGAGCAUAAGUGGCCAGUGGGAAGUGAAUACGUGGAUAUGGAACCAAGUUGGUCUGUAAAAUAAUUAAAAAAUCAUACAAUUAGCUACCAUUCAAACCACGAUUACUAAAGCAAAAACUAAGAUAGGUAACUUAUUAUUACAUGCAUGUUAUAGAGCUUUUUUUUUUCAUUGAAAUAACUUCAGUGUUCAAUCUAGAAAUCAGUCAAAGUGGGUCAUGUUUCACAUGGCAUUUUGAAUAAAUUGUGGCAUUCCAAAAAUGGUCUGGGUUUGAACCUUUGAACAAUUACUGACAUCACCCAAACACAGCUGUAUCACAGUGUUACUUGCUGAGCUUGAGGCAGUUGGCUCUUGAAGUUCAGGAGCUUGACUUAUUGAACUGACUUCUCCAGCUUCACCAUCCUUAUCCAGUCCAUCUUUAUGUUCUUCAGUACUUAUAAAUAAGGUAAGUUUUUUUGCAUCGGUAUGACCCCACAAUAAUUAUUCUGACGCAAAAUGAAAUUAUUUCAUUUUGCGUCAGAAUAUAAUAUUUCACGUCAAUGAAGCACAAAAGUGGCCCAGAUUAAACACUGUAAUUAGUUACCUGGAACUCAGUCAAGUCAACAUUCAGUGCACCAUCAAAGCGCAGUGA